AACAAUGAUCUGAAGGAUUCAGGAAUGGAAAAGCUCUCUGCUAUGCUGAAGGAUCCCCAAUAUAGACUGGAGACUCUGAGGCUGUCAGACUGUCUGGUCAAAGAGAACAAUUGGGAUUCUCUGGUGUCAGUUCUAAAGACAAACCCCUCACACCUGAAAGAACUGGAUCUGAGCAACAAUGGCCUGAAGGAUUCAGCAGUGGAGAAGCUCUCUACUUGGCUGAAGGAACCACAAUGCAGAUUGGAGACUCUCAGGUUGUCAGGCUGUCUGGUCAAAGAGAAAUAUUGGAAUGAUGUGGUAUCAGCUCUGAAGGAAAACCCCUUACACCUAAAAGAACUGGAUCUGAGCAUGAAUUACCCAGGAGACUCUGGAGUCAUACGGCUCUGCUUGACUGAAAGAUCCACGCUGGAGACUGGAGAAACUCAAACUGUCAGGUUGUGGAAUCACUGAGGACGGCUGUGAGAAAAUGCUCUCUGCUUUGUUGAGGGAUACAAAAUGUAGACUGGAGACUCUGAGGUGGGCUCUCGUCGCCACUGGGAUGCCCUCCA